GAGUUUGCUAGCUGCGUCCUGUGUUGCUGCUCAGUUUGGCCACACCGAUUCGUGCGUCUAUUUUGGUAUCUUGUGAGCUCGCUAUCAGGAGCCUGGCCACACCAGUGCGUUUGAACAUGGAUCUGAGGACUUGACUCACUUUGGAAGUUUACAUAUCCCAUCACUUCCCUGAUAUCAACUUGAGCUGGAAGAAAACCAAGGGACCUACAGAGCUGCAGCAGCUGUAGAGGAGGCAAGACGGGUGAUGCACAAGACAGAGAGAGACUUGUUGACAUCAUGAGCUGUGUGGAAAAGCGACACAUGAGCCAUCGCGUGGGGAGCAUGCACCACCAUCGCUUCCCCAACGGCUUCAGCGACUUGUUCAUGGAUGAGACUGACAGGGAGGUCAGCAUUCUCACAGAUCGAGCCUUCCGAAGUCUCUGUGUUGGAGAUGAUGCGGUUUAUAAUGACGAAUUCUUGUAUGGAUACUCACCAUUCAGCUGCCACAAACCCUUGGUGGGGGAGCCUCAUAAAAAGACUCAUCAUAAGGAAUCUAAAAAGCAAGGGCAAAACAAAAACAAAAAUGACAAAAAAGAUGCCCAGCCAUGGAAACAGCAGCAACAGAAGAAUAUAUCCCAAAUGUCAUCUUUCCUCAAGGCAUUAAGUGCCACAGAAGAAAGCUGUGAGGGGAUGUUAAUCAAAAAUGGAGGUAUGACGGACUCUAAUGGGGAAUCAUGGGAUAAGUCGGCACUUCGCAGCAUCCAAAGAGAGCUAUCGGACUUCUCCUCGGAUUAUCACACCAAUCUCACAGAGGGACAUUACAAGAACCAUCAUCGACAUCACACUGGUGAUGGUUCGUCACACAAAACAAGAAAAGAUGCUGGGAAAUCCUCAAAGAUAAAAAAUGGGAAAUCCACUGUCAAACUAAGGAAACUUAACAUCAAAAACUUUUUCCUCCACAGUGAGUUUAGCCCUUUCCAAACAUGGAGAGAUUUUAAACAGUUUCCUUUCGGCCAAGAGGAGACAGUUGCAUCUAUUCUCCCCACAGAUAAUAUCCCUAAAUGGUACGACUUGCCGUUUUACAAGGAGCUGACAGAGGCACACAGAAAAGAGACUCUGCACACAGAGGAGGCACAGUCAUGCACGAAAGCAGCAGUAGAGCCCCCUCCUCCCACUGCUCCUAAACCUAACCCUCCCCCUCCUCCUCCAAAGGUCCUGCCAAAGCCCUCAGCCACUCCUGCUGAGAAGAGGUGUUCAUCGGAUGGAGGGGAUGGGGUUGCUGCCCCCUGGAGGCGCAACAGGUCCAGGGCAAAAAGUGCUAUUCCAGUCAAUCAGUUUGGAAUACCAAGUCAGGACAAUAAUUCAAAGAUGGUGGAUGAAAGUCUUGUGUUGGUCAACAAGGAAGCCAGAUCUGUGGAGGUGAAAGCAAUUGAGGAAGUCAGCUCUUUGGCCUCUACUCCAUUCAGUAUUUGCCAGCUGAUGACUCCCCUCAUUCCCUCCAGACAACCUACAGAAACAUCAGAAAUCCUCCAAGCAGUUCUCUCGCCCUCUGCCCUUGACCUUCCACUUAGACCACACUCUGAGGCCAAAGUGACCCCUGAACCUCCAGUCAAGCGGGACAGUUACAAAUCACUUGCCUCUAGUAUCCUCUUCAACCUCAAAGACAACAGGAAAAGGGUUAAAAGCCGUUACAGCCCACCUAAAUUCAAACCUUUAGAAUUGCCUGAGGGUGGCAUCCAAUCUCCACAAUCAGAUCAUUUGAAACAUCCACAAGCUGGCUCUGAGGGCAAUGCAUCUGGCUUCAGCACUCCUGCCAUUUUAAAAGAUGGGCAAACAGUUUGCAGUCCUGACUUGGAAUCUGUCGACACCCCGACUGCUGGUCUUACAAAGCAUGAUGUUGACAGGCCUCUGUCAGAUGAUUAUUUGUUAUCAAAUCUACUGCAAACCAAAAGGGAGGCUGCAGGUAGCAGUGGUAUAAGUGAAGAGAAUCUGAUCACCCCCUUUAUACACUCAAAAAAGAAUAAGAGUCCCAUGGCUAAAAAGCAAAACUAUCCCUCUCUGAAUUUGUACAAGAAAGCCAGCCCUGUUGACAGUGAUAUGAAAUAUCUUCAAAUACCUCUGAGCAACAGUGCUCCAGUGCACAUAGCUCAACCAACUGAGACAAAUGAACUUUCACCACUCAUGCUAAACAAAGAACUGUCCCCCAAAACACUGCCAACAAACACAGGCCUGUCACCGAAUACUCUAAAUUUCAGCAAAGAUCGUUCACCCAUAAUUUCACCCCAUGCAAUCGUGAACAAGAGGCUGUCAUCAAAUAUAUAUGCAGGGGAAAAACCUUCAAAUGUACCAGACAAAGCAAAACAGACGGUGAAGGACCCAAAAGAAAAAGACAUUGGAGUGCAGCCUGCUUCUAAGCAAAAAGAUGCUAAUGGCCAAACUAUGAGUACAAUGGAUAUAAUCAGAGCAGCAAGGGAAGCAAUUAAUGCAGUAAAAAAUAAAGCUCUAUCUGAGGCUUAUUCAGAAAGCAUCAAGAAGCCAAUUUCAGACAUACAAGAAAUGAAGGAGAAAGAAAUAGAUGAGAGGGUUGCCUAUUCAGUGGAAACAUUGAGCAGCAGGAGUGAGUGUUCAGAAUCAGAAAACAAUGUUUUAUCUCAAAGUAGGACUAACUCAACUGGUGCAACACCUGUUGGUAAAACUAGUACUGCCAAGAAAGAGCCUCCACCAGUUCCCAAGAGAAAUUUUGCAAAAUCUGAUAUUGAAUUCGCUCUUGACAAACAGCAAACACAUAAUGCUGACAAACCCACUGAUGGUGAGUCGAGGGAUGCAAAGGUAGUUUCACCACCAAAAGAGAGUGAAUCUGCCUCAAAACAAGAGAAGAUCAAACGUAUAUUCUCAGCCAGACAGAACAAUUACAUAAAACAUCAGAGAUAUGCAAUGACAAAUGAUGAACAAGUAGAGGAAUAUGAGGAAGGUGAUCCGAAUGUGAACACAAGUACAGAGGCGGAUGAGGAGAUAAUGUCACCAAGAGAAAUAAGAGAUAGUGAGCAUAUAAUUAAUGAUUUGCAUACUUUGAAAGAGCUAGAGAGAGCACGGCUUGGUGAUCGUACUCUUGAGAACACGAAGAACAAACUAGGGGUUAUUAACAUAGAUGAGGAGGCCAGGGCUAAGAAUGAUUUGAUUUCACGGGAGCUUCGGAAUAUAAAGAAGGGCAUGCGGUGUAUGAGAGGGAACACAUCGGCUAAGAAAGACCUUUUUGCAAAGAAAGAGAAGGAUCCGAUAAAGCAGGAGGCUUUCAAAAAGAUAGACAGUAAUGUCAGAGUAAACAAAGCACUUAUAAAUGACAAUUAUGACAAAGCCAAAAUGGCACUUGAAGAGAUCAUCUCAGAGAGGCAGAAGAGAAGGAAUACAUUCACAGAAAAAGAUGAGAAUUCAUUAUUUGAUGAGAACGCUAGCGAUGAAAGUUAUGUAGAGAGGGAACAGCAAUGUGAAAAACCUAUGAAAGAUUCUAUGAUGGACGGCAAAGAAAAGCAAAAUGGCAGCACUUCCACGCUAAAACGGAAAGAACUAAAAGAGAGGUUAGGCGAUCUGAGAGACCACAAUCACAUGAGGCAGAUUCUGUCACAAACUGAACCUAGACUUGGUGACACUCACAGAUCGGGCGGUAGAAUAGCUCUACCAGGCAUGGACAUGGUUGGAAAUCAGCUAGACACAGUCCUUAAAACUAAAGCUAAACACAUUAAUGAUAAACUAAGUGAUAAUCCCAGCUAUGAAUCAGAUGAGGUGAAUUUCAGACAUGUAGCAAGACAGGUGUCUGAAGAAAGUGGAGAAAGCAAAAACUCAGAUGCUCCCCCUGUUCCUCCGAGGAGCAAAAAAGGAGGCAAUAGAAGAGAUGGAAGCAUUACCAAGGAAAUGGAUAGUUUGAAAGAUGCAGCCGAUGAGGAUGUCUUUAACAAAAAUGCAAAAUAUGAAAAUGGUGAGGUAAACAUAAAUGAGAUGAAGAGCACAGGCUCAGGAAAACAAGAAGUAAACAUUGACCUGUUUGCAAAAGAAGCUGUGCCCAGUCAAAAUGAAACCACGUCGAACAAAAGGAUGUGGGAUAUGGUAAAUAAUGCAAAUUCAAAAUCUAUUACUGCAACUGGUGCAGGGACAUGUGAACCCAUGUUGCGUUCAAAUUACCCACAGUCUGAAAAUAGAUACUUAUCACCAAAGUUCAGGGGAGAUGAAAAUGAGGUAAAUAACUUGCAUGCAGAUACAAGGCCCACAGGGGAAGCCACAUUUGAAAACAGCAAUGCUAAGGCACAGGAAGGACACAAGAUAAAGCGAAAGGCCCCUUUAAAACCAGACCAUUUAAACACAGCAGAUGACAAUGUAACUAGGAAUCUAGUAGCAGAAGAUGAACCUGACAAAAUGAAUAGACUUACUGAGGAAAUAAAUGUGGAUACAGAAGCUCUCAGUGAAAAGCCCAGAAACAUAUUAUCACCCUUACUACUGGUGAAUGGUAUUAACGUCAAUCAGAGCCCACCUGAUCAGGCCAGCUUGUCCUCAAAAUCUUCCUACUUCUCUGUGGAGAGUGCCCUGCACAGAAAUACUGAGACUGAGUCAAAUGUUUACCACUCACUGGAGAACUUGAUUGGAGAGGUGGAGGAAGUUGAUGAGGAAAUGUGGAAUGUCUCACGAAACAUGAAACCGGAUUCAGACAGGACUGAAGUGGACUAUUAUUCUUUAAGUGAGCAUGAAGGUGAGCCAGAGGUUGUAAAGCGACCGAUAACAUCUCCUCAAAAACAGACAGACGUACCAUACGAUGACAGCAAAGAAAGAGAAAAUAGCACUACAGACCAAAGUGUAACUCUUGAUGAAAAUAAUCAGACACCAUUGCCACCCUCUAACACUUUUUCACCAACUUUGGGGAUCCCUGUCUUAUUUAAAGUCAAAGAUAACACUUUCAGUACUAAGUUGAAGAAGACUGUACAACCUUGGUCACCAAGAGGGAGUCUGAGUGGUUCAGAGAGGGGAGAGGAGGACUUACGUCAAGUAAAGGAAGAGCUCCCACUGGCUAAUGAAACUUCCACUAGUGGUAACACCUUAAUUCCAGCAGAAAUCUUCAAACCUAAAGAGAUUUUAUCUGACCAUUUACCUCCCCUGUUGUUCUCGCCUUCAAAUCUACAACAUGAAAACCUAAAGAAACCCCAAGCUGAACAGUUCCUGACUGUCCCACAAGAGGAAGACAGAUUUUCUGGAGUGAGUCCAUCAUCUGAAGGCGUGGAGAGUUUAGCAACCAGCACAGCUGACACAGCUGAUGAGAUGGGAAUGAAUGCAGGGUGUGAAGUGUCAAAGGUUCCCAGCGAACACUCAGAAUCCAACUGCAGUGGUAAUGAAAGCCAAAUGGGACUACCCAAACCACCAGCUGUCUUACCCAAAUCUGAAAAAGCUGUUCUCAAAGCCAUUAAGCUGACAAAUAGAAGAAUGAAGAAGGAGGAGGCCCAGAAGUCCUCCCACAAGUCGUCUCAAAGCAGCAGCAAACACAGAACAGAUAGACACAAGGGUGAAAAAUCUGAGCAAAAAAGUAGCAGCAGCAGUAGGAAUAGCAAGAGCAGCGAGAGAAAACACAGAGAAAAAAUGGAAGAUAGUCACCAUCAGAAUGAAAAUCACCAUGGUAACAUCAGCAAUGACAGAAAUGAGCAACUGCUCCAUGAAAGAAGAGGCCACAACAGUGAAAAGCACCAUCAUGACAGAGCAGAAAUGAAACACAAUUCUCGGAGACAGAGCCGCGAUUCGGUGGCUAGCAGUAACCAGAGCAAAGAAGCCCUACCCAGUGUUGCAACCGAAAGGCAAGGCCGUAGCAGUGACAGACGCAUUCGAGAUAAGUCAGAUAAAAGACAUUACAGCACUGAUAGGGUCAUCAGUAAUGUCCCUGUGUACAAAGCUCAUGUCGGCGAUAGACCCAUGUCAGACAGGCCAUUCCACCGAUCGCAAAGCAUGGAUAGGUACUUAGGAGAUAAAGCUGAACGCAGACUCAGUGCCGAUAUGUCAGUCAAUGAGAAGUUUGAUCCAAGGACCCAGCGCAUUGAGAAAUCCAUCAUGGAUGAGCUUCAGCAGAGAGGCCGAGCGAAAGACAAGGCAAGCAGAGACAACCCAUUGAGAAGGAGUAACAGUAUUGAUGCGUACAGCGCCGAAGUACCUCACCCUUCAACCCUCUCCCGCCAGUCAAGCUACACCAGCCAGAUUUCACACCCGUCCAGCAUUGAGCACGCUAUGGUUACACAGUCCUUCCCUAUGACCCAACGUAAGCUCCUCCAGGAUCCAGACUCAGGGCAGUACUUCUUUGUAGACAUGCCCGUCCAGGUCAAGACAAAAACCUUCUUUGAUCCAGAAACAGGAAGCUACGUGCAGCUGCCAGUCAAGCCGCCUGAGGGUGCUAUUCCUCAGGCAUCCCCCAUGGAGGUCUUGACCCCGCCUCUGGUUGUUUACCAUGGUUUUGUCCCGGUACCUCUGUCCCCUAUGGCUCAGAAAGCUACCAUCCAAGCUCCUCAUAAGGAACCGGAAGAGUUUGAGCAUAGAAACCUAGAGAGGUCAAAGCAAAAGCACUAUAAGGAGGGACAUCCAUAUUUAGAGCCUGUCUAUGGUCAACAUGACCAUAUGUUAGGGGAGUUCAUGGGCACUGAGGAGCUGGACUGUCCGAGCUGAUAGGCCAUGAGGUUUGAAAGGAAAAAUCCACCCUCCUCAAAUGCUGUUUUGUAUCAUCAAAUUGUGGUGUUCAUUGCAUUCCAGGAAUUAUUUUGUGAUCAAGUGUUUUUUUUUUUUUUGGUAUUCCCAUCUUCAACCUGCCUUCUCUGCUUUUACUCGAGUUAUUUCUCAUAUUUGCCACGAGGAUUUUAAGCAAGCAAAAGUAUUUCUUUGAUGGAUUUCUCCCUAUUUGACUGUUGAUGUUGGUACAAGAUGACAACUCCAUAAAGAAGCAUUCGGUUUUCUUUCUCUGUUUAACACCAUUGAGAUCUCGGUGUGAUGUUUUGCCGUGUUGUAUACACAAUAAGAAAAAUACACCAGGAGUAACAAAAUGGACCCUGAAAUGCAAAGUACAUCGCCAAAAGGUGUUUAAUUUUUAACUGUUGAGAGAUUAAGGGUGGAUUUUUCCUUCAAGGUUAAGGGUUUUCUCAAUACUGAUAUUUGAUCCUUGUUUUGCUUUAUAUGCCUUAAACUUUCAUGAGACACAGAAGCCGUGUGGACUUUGUGAAGCUUAAGAGGCCUUUAUUGUAUUUAUGAAGAAGAAUGAAUUUUGACUUGAGUGUGAAUUGAGUGUGAGAUAAUGAUUUUUUGGAUGAAUGAUAGUUGCUGUUGAAUGGUGUUGUUUGAAUGUGGGUUGAAGAAUUUGUGUAAGAUAAUGUGCAAUUUUUGAGACAGAUAAGGUACAUGGGUGAUCCAUGUACAUAAUGUAUUUAAGUGUAAAGAGAGAGGUUAAGCUUGAAUGUAAAUGUGGAAUAUUUAUUGUAAAUGCUGAGUUUGUUGUUGGUCUCUACUACUUUUCAGGUAUUGUGGCUUUUUGUUUCAUUACCUGCAAAGUUUGUUGCCUUGAGAUUAUUUUUCCACCAGACAGUUUCCAGUCACUAAAGUUAUCAUUAUACUAACUCAAAUAAUUAUAUUUAAUUUAUUGAUUAGUGAUUUCAACUGAUCCGGUCUACACAACAAAAUUUUUAAAUAUUUUGCAUGCUAAAGUUGAAAUUGCAGUUAUACCUAUUGAAUAUGUUUGAUACAACACAAAGUUCAUUUAUACUUUCUAAAAGCUUGAAUUGGCAUUACUGCAGUUAAUGUUUUUUAAAAAGCAGGGGACAUUGAGGAGAAUUGGUUUUGCAAGUUUGUUGCAUUGGCAUUUUUCUAAACUAGAAUAAAGCAGAGCUGUAUUGUGUCUGUGAUCCAUUCCAAUAAAAAUCAACUGUUUUUACAGA